UUUUGUUCGCUUGGUUAUUAAGAAAAAUAAAUAAUUGUGACAAAGUGAACUUAGUUCGGUUAAUUACGAUACACACGUUUUAUAAUUCUUUUAACAAUAUGUAGAUAAACUGAACAUCAUAUUCUACUAGUGAAUAUAAUUUGUUUUAAACUUCUAAUAUUUGUUUACAUUAAUUGAAAUUUCAGAUUAUUGCAUUAAGUUAUUACAAAAAAAAACUACAUAUGUACACACAUUACACAUGUUACGAUAUUCAGUAUUUCAUGUGUUAAAUAUGAAUGAAAAUAAAAUAAAACACCAAUCUCAUUCAUCAUUACCUACAAAUAGCAUGAUGACAAUGUCACCAACAGAAAUGAAUGCAUCUUAUUUAAUCCUUAAAAAUGAUGAUAAAGUUAAUGAAAUUACUGUUAAUCUUCAACGUGAGCUCAAUAAAAAAUUAACAUUGAAACAUUUAUCAAAUGGUUCAGAUUUUGUUGAUAAUUCAAAUUUAAUAGAAUCAUCUGGAGUUAGUUUAAUUAAUGAACCACCUAAACGUCCAAUUAAAGGUUAUCAAUUAUUGAAAAAAAAAUUUCAUUUUACACGUGAAACAUUUACCGGUGGUUUAAAAAGAAAUAACAGUACUCAAAAUGCUAAAACAAUAACAAAAACAAAUAAUCCAAUUACCACUACUUCUAUUACUACUACUACCAAUAAUGAUAGUACAGUGACUGAUGAAAGUAAUAUCAGUGCUGAUAAGAUUGGUAAUCAAAUGAAUACUUUUAAAUUUGGCAACUUAUUAAAUACAUCUCAUGAUAAUAUAUCACCAAGAGGACGAUCAUCUAGUUUCAGUGUUAGAUAUGAAAAUUAUGAACCACGUUUAUCAAUUCAAUCAAACAAUAUUAGAAAUAAAAACAAUAAUCGUUAUUAUAAAACUAAAAAUUCAAAAUUGAACGAUACUAAUAAUCAUGAACAAUCCUUAUUAUCUAAAUCACAAUUAAAUAUAAAACCAACUACUCAUUUAGAAUGUUUAAGUUUACAGUCAAGUCUUAAACAAAGUCAAAUAUCUUUAUGGGAUAUGCAAAGAGAUUAUCCUCGAAAUUUUAUGACAUUAGGUGGUAGUAUGCUAGGUGUAUCAGAUACUGCCAGUAUUAUUACAGAAGGUAUAAAUGAUCAUUAUACUGAUUUAAUUUCAGCAUUUCAUAAAAUCUUAAUUGCUGUCGGUGAAAAUCCAAAUCGUCAAGGUUUGUUAAAAACACCACAAAGAGCUGCUAAAUCGAUGUUAUAUUUUACUAAAGGCUAUGAAGAACGUGUCAGUGAUAUACUGAAUGGAGCUAUAUUUGAAGAAAAUCAUGAUGAAUUGGUAUUAGUUAAAGAUAUUGAAAUGUUUUCAAUGUGUGAACAUCAUAUGAUACCAUUUAUUGGACGUGUUUCAAUUGGUUAUUUACCAAACAAAAAAAUUCUAGGUUUAAGUAAACUAGCUCGUAUUGUUGAAAUAUUUUCUCGUAGAUUACAAGUACAGGAAAGACUUACCAAAGAAAUUGCUACAGCAUUGACAGAAGCAAUAAAUCCUAAAGGUGUUGGUGUAAUAAUAGAAGCUACACAUAUGUGCAUGGUCAUGCGUGGUGUACAAAAGAUCAAUUCAACCACAAUAACAACAACUAUGAUGGGUGAUUUAAAACACAAUGUUAAAUUACGUGAGGAAUUUCUUCAGCUUGCUGGAAGAAGAUAAUUUACGCUUUGUUAUACAAAAUUAUCAUUGAACUAGUUAUUUUUUGGCAAUGACAGAAACAUUCCCAAUUAUUACUUACAUAUGUAAUGAAUCCUAAAAUUCAAACAUGAACCUCAUUUUAUUUUUUUUUGUUUUGUGAAUAUUUAGUAAAACUUGGUUAAUUUUUACUUAAAUGAAUUGAUUACAGUAUACGUAAUGAAAAUAGAUAAAUCAAAUGGUUGAAAUUAGUAACAAGUUCUCUUUGUUUAACGAUAAGACACGUUUACGAGCCACAAAUUGUGUACUGGUAUUCUUAUACUCGGCGUUUUCAGUAAAAUUAUAUUGAUAUUAAUAGUCGAGAUCAUGAGUAAUUCAAAGCUAGACCACCAUGGAAAACCUAGAAGCACUGGACUUCCGUUUCAUUAUUAGUUAAUAAAUUACCAAGACUUAAGGAGUUUUACCAGUCACAUUGACCAUAAUGAAAAC